AAUUAAAAAGCGGCGGAAGAAGGUGGGAGGGUCAUGACGCAGCGAGUUUUAGUCGUGACUUUUCUAGGGGCAUCGCGGCGUCCCCUUUUUUUGCCUUUAAAGUAAAACGUCGCCCCGACGCACCCCCCGCGAAUUUCGGGGGGCGGAGGCGGCGGGCCACGGCGCGAAGAGGGGCGGUGCUGACGCCGGCCGGUCACGUGGGCGUGUUGUGGGGGGGAGGGGCGCCGCCGCGCGGUCGGUUCCGGGCGGUUGGGAGCGCGCGAGCUAGCGAGCGAGAGGCAGCCGCGCCCGCCGCCGCCCCUGCUCUGUAUGCCGCUCUCUCCCGGCGCGGCCGCCGCCGAUCACAGCAGCAGGAGCCGCCGCCGCCGCCGCGGUUGAUGUGGUUGGGCCGGGGCUGAGGAGGCCGCCAAGAUGCCGCAGUCCAAGUCCCGGAAGAUCGCGAUCCUGGGCUACCGGUCUGUAGGGAAAUCCUCAUUGACGAUUCAAUUUGUUGAAGGCCAAUUUGUGGACUCCUACGAUCCAACCAUAGAAAACACUUUUACAAAGUUGAUCACAGUAAAUGGACAAGAAUAUCAUCUUCAACUUGUAGACACAGCCGGGCAAGAUGAAUAUUCUAUCUUUCCUCAGACAUACUCCAUAGAUAUUAAUGGCUAUAUUCUUGUGUAUUCUGUUACAUCAAUCAAAAGUUUUGAAGUGAUUAAAGUUAUCCAUGGCAAAUUGUUGGAUAUGGUGGGGAAAGUACAAAUACCUAUUAUGUUGGUUGGGAAUAAGAAAGACCUGCAUAUGGAAAGGGUGAUCAGUUAUGAAGAAGGGAAAGCUUUGGCAGAAUCUUGGAAUGCAGCUUUUUUGGAAUCUUCUGCUAAAGAAAAUCAGACUGCUGUUGAUGUUUUUCGAAGGAUAAUUUUGGAGGCAGAAAAAAUGGACGGGGCAGCUUCACAAGGCAAGUCUUCAUGCUCGGUGAUGUGAUUCUGCUGCAAAGCCCGAGGACACUGGGAAUAUGUUCUACCUGAAGAAGCAAACUGCCUGUUCUCCUUGAAGAUAAACUCUGCUUCUUUUUUCUUCUGUUAACCUGAAAGAUACCAUUUGGGUCAGAGCUCCCCUCCCUUCAGAUUAUGUUAACUCUGAGUCUGUCCAAAUGAGUUCACUUCCAUUUUCAAAUUUUAAGCAAUCAUAUUUUCAAUUUAUAUAUUGUAUUUCUUAAUAUUAUGACCAAGAAUUUUAUCGGCAUUAAUUUUUCAGUGUAGUUUGUUGUUUAAAAUAAUGUAAUCAUCAAAAUGAUGCAUAUUGUUACACUACUAUUAACUAGGCUUCAAUAUAUCAGUGUUUAUUUCAUUGUGUUAAAUGUAUACUUGUAAAUAAAAUAGCUGCAAACCUCAGUCCUUUGUGCUACUUGAUGUGGCUUUCAAAGAAGAGAAGCCUUGUCCUGAGUUUCUCACUUGGCUUCAGGAAGGCCCCAGGUUGGAUUCCAGAAACCAGUGAAGAUGUGGCCACAGGAGGAGGUGUGCUGAGGUGGCUGCUGACCGUGGACUCCCUGCGCAGGGGCCGGCAGAUGUUGGGGCUGGGUUACAGCUGAUUGAUGCUGAGUGGCCCUGGGGGGUCUGUGAGGGGAGUUCCCCCCCAGUGAUGAGAUUCCCUCCUUCCACCCUCAAAUCCCUAAACCUUGACUGAAAUGCUCCGUGGUCGGGAGCCUGGUCAAGGAGGAAGAGCUGCUGAGAGGCAUUGUUCGCCCUUGCUCAUAGCUUAGCUUGAUGUCCGUGUCAGACAGGAGAUGACUGAGAAAACAGCCUUGCUGUCCUAGAACACCCUGGAGUUUAGUGUUCUGUGUCAGGGUCUCGGGAGCCUCCUUCAGACCCAGACAAUGGGCCUCCCUCUGUCCAAGGAGCAGCUGUAAAGGAGAAGAGGGAUUUCAUUUGCUUGGUGGCUGUUACCUUGUCUGUAAGUCAAACUUGGAAUAGAGCAGUGCUUUUUAAAUGAUUCCCUUUUGCAGCUAAAAUUUCACAGGGCUAUUUCUAAUACGUAAGCAAAUGUUACCAUUGACUUUAUUAAUAAAAUAUAGUUUUGCUUUGCA